AUGAAUAUGGAACAAACGUUUCGUAAUCAAUACCCUUUCAUGGCGGCCUUACUCCAAUUUGAUGAAACGUCACGGCGAUUCAAGUUGGUCUGCGGUGGAUCGUUGAUUAGCGCCACUAAAAUCCUUACCGCUGCCCAUUGCGUUACUCAAAACAACACAAUUCUUGACAAAUUGGUGGUCAAACUGGGUAUGCACUUCUUGAGCGAAACAGAGGAUGAUGCUGAACACAAUGCUGCUCACAAUUUCAACGAAAUCGGCAUAGUGACGCUCGAGUCACCAGUGGAAUUCACCGACAAAAUUUCGACCGUCUGCCUGCCGAAAGAGUGCCACCUAGAAAUGGAGUUUUAUGACUCAACCCGAGCCGUGGGAUGGGGAAACUCGAAGGAAGGAGAAGAAAACUAUGGUGCCCUUCGCCAUAUGACCGGAACGAUGAUAACCAAAGAGUUUUGUAUUGAAUUUACCAGGAGCAGGAAAAUUGAAUUAGCCAACCAUAUGAUUUGCGCUUUUCCGUUUUAUGGAGGUUUGUGUCAGAAUUUCGAUGGUGGUCCGAUGGUACUACAAAGGCCCGUCAGCACAUAUGGAGAGUGUCCCUGGAUACAAUUGGGCAUCAUUAUUUCAGCAAAUGGAUGCCAUGAAAAGCCCGAGCCGGAUGUUUACACCCGAUUGACGUCAUUCUGGUCCUGGAUCGAUAAUAAGGUGAAACCGUUGUAG